UCGGCAGUCGCUGUUUGGGACGCUGAGUGCGCGGUUGCUAGGUCUGCGCUCCGGGUUCGCUGUCACAGUCUGUCUCUUCUCGAAUCCUGGAACAGACUGGGCGCGCGCCCGCGUGUGGUGUGUGUGUGUGUGUUUGUGUGUGCUGUGACUGUGAGGGGGACUCAGGGCAGAGACGUCCCCUCGCUGCCUUUUUUUUUUUUUUUGCCUUUUUACCCAAAGGAGGCGGUUCGCACGCUUGCCUUCCUGUCGCCCCGUUGGGAGUGGGGUUUGCGUGUGGACUAGUUCAUCUUUUUUUUCUUUUUAAACUUGUGAGCCCGGUUUUUUCCUUCCUUUUUUUGGACUCAGUGCCGUCUGGGCUGGUUUCCGUGAUCCCUGACUAACCGCUUUCUGCCCGUUCUCUCGCCACCCCCACCCAGAGUCUCCCCUGCCCCCUCGCCCUUGCCCGGGAGGGUGGGAAGCUUUGUCCCACUCCCUGCCCACAGCCGUAGCCGCACCUGCCUCAAUAUGAAUGGGGUCAGCGACCCACCUCUUUUUAUAAAAGAUAUUAAGCCCGGACUGAAAAACUUAAAUGUCGUCUUUAUUGUCCUGGAGAUAGGACGCGUGACCAAAACCAAAGACGGCCAUGAAGUGAGAUCAUGCAAAGUAGCAGAUAAAACGGGCAGCAUCACUAUUUCCGUGUGGGAUGAAAUCGGAGGUCUUAUACAGCCAGGGGAUAUUAUUCGGUUGACCAGAGGGUAUGCCUCCAUGUGGAAAGGGUGUUUGACACUUUAUACUGGAAGGGGUGGAGAACUUCAAAAAAUUGGGGAAUUUUGUAUGGUUUAUUCAGAAGUGCCAAAUUUCAGUGAACCCAACCCAGAUUAUCGAGGACAACAGAGCAGAGGGGCACAAAAUGAACAGAAGAAUAAUUCCAUGAAUAAUAAUAUGGGUACAGGUACAUUUGGACCAGUGGGAAAUGGGGUUCAAACUGGCCCAGAAUCAAGGGGAUGCCAAUUUUCAUAUGCUGGUAGAAGCAAUGGCCGGGGACCUACAAAUCCACAACUACAAGGAACGGCUAAUAAUCAAACAGUCAUGACCACAAUAAGUAAUGGCAGGGACCCUCGGAGAGCCUUUAAAAGAUGACCUAUGCCAAAUACUCACAUGUAGUUUUUAAACUACAUGCCCUACUUGAACACUUACUGCACUUUUAUUUAUCGUUAACUGUGAAAACUAUGUCCUUCAUCAGUUUCCUUCUGUUUUUGGUUUGGUAACAAGAGUGGUUUGUUUUUAUAGCAAAACUGUUAAGCUGCUCAAGUCUCCUGUUGAAGAAUUUGAAGAAUGGGAACACUCUGAAAAGUAGGGGCAUUUAUUUUUAGAGCCAGAAGAUCUAGGUUAUCCUCUAAAAAGCCUGCACCCAUUUCGUGGGUGAGUUACUUAAGACAUCAGCAUUAUAGCCUCUAUGAGUCUAUCUUCUGUAUACAUUUUGUAAUAUUUAAAAUAAGGCUUAGUGGGAGAUGUUCUUUUGUCUUAAAUUCAGGUAUUGCCAACUGAAGCAAUAACCACUAAAAAAACCCCACAAAAACUCAGUCAAUGCUAAUAGCAGUUUUUGAGUUGGGACUCUAGGAAUGAUUGAUGUCUUCACUGAGUGACUGCCAUUAAGAUUUUCCAAGGACUGAACCAUUCUAAACUCUUGUUUUAUUACCAAAAAAUAUAUUCUUUGUCAGAAUUACAGAAUAGAAUGGGAACUGUAUUAUAACAAGUAAUUUUUAUAAGAAAGCUGCAUUUAUUUUAGGGUAGUCCUAUUAAUAUUUGUUAUCUACUUUGUGCAUUACACUGAAGGAAAAUUUAAAACUUGAGGCCUUGAAUAUUUAUUUUUUGAAACUACCAUGUCAAAUAUUAACGUGUAAUUUGAGGGAGUUAUAAAGUCAUAAUAAAUGUUGAUUUAAUUAUUAAAAAUUGUGAUGGAUAGAUAUUAGAAUGAAGGCAAUUCAAAUCGAAUUCGUGUAGAAAUAUGCAGUCUUAAGUCAGAGUCCUAAGUACUUACAGAAACUCAUCCUGGAGUGAAAAUCCUAGGGACUUGCCUUCUUUGAAGAGUGUAUGUAUGUGUGUGUUGUCAGAGUUUCUGCACACAAUUCACAAAGCCUUAUCAGUAAAAGUUACAUGGCUCUCUCUCUCUCAAGUGAAUACAGCUUUAUUCAGAAAUGUAAAGGUAGAAUUUAUUUAUGUGUUUUAAGUGGUCCCCAGUUCCACUUUUUACUGUAGAGUGGAUAACUGGUAAAUUUUUCUGUUGUUAGAAUUCAGUUCUUCAGUACUAUCUCUUGAAUAAAACUUGCAUUAAUGUUAACAGACCUACCUUAUUUUUGCUCUUUGAAUGAUUUACAGUGGAGAGCCAGCACAUUUUACCGUAGUUGUAAUGGUUGCUUCAGCCUGGCGACUGCUUAGCUCUGUAUUUGUCACUGUCUUUUUUUCCCCUACCUAAGUCACAAAAUAAGUAGACUCUGUUUUAUUAAGAACUCCAUAGCCUUCGAAUAUAAAAGUUGGCGCCAGAAUAUUCACGUACCCUAAUUCAGUGUAUCUAACGAUUUCAUUACACGCUGCAUAUUCGGCACUGUGGAGAGUGUUAGAGGUGGAUGAUGACUAAUCUCAAGGAGCUUAUUUAUGGUUCAUAGUACUUCAGUAACUGGGGUUUAUGUGUGCUAGAAGUUUUUCCUUACUCAUCUACUCCAUGAUUGUAGCUAAUUUGGCUUUGUGACUAAUAUUUUCUUAAGAUGUUCACAAAAUUACAAACGCUUGGAGUAAAAAAAAUACUAAAAUACUAAAAAAACCUUUUUUAAAAUCUAAGUAGCGAUAGGAGCGAUAAUACUGUAAGCUGUUUAUGGGAGAAUAUAGUGUUAAAGAUGAUUUUAAAAGGAAGUAUUUUGGAGUUUCUGAAAAGUAAACUCUCAGGUUGAGCUCAUUGCUGGGCUUCCAAUCCCAGCCCUGUUGUCUCCUCACCUACGAUGGUAGGCAAAUUAUGACACUUAAAACCUGUGAGCCUUAAGUUCCACAACUUGAAAAAACAAGUAAGUAAUAUCAUCCCUUUAUAGAGUUAUUGAGGAUUUCCCAUGUAAGUGAUCAGAAUCGUUUCUGGCUACAAUAGGCAGUCAAAUGUUUGUCCUCUAAUCAUACCUCAAGAAUAGAAAAAAAUGCAGUUAGGUGUGGCAAUACUGUUACUCUUUAACAUGGAUAUUAAAUAGAGAAAGAUCUAAGCUUUUACUUUUGUAACUGA